AUGGCUCCAUAUCUCCAAUCAUUACUCCCCUUGGCAGCGAUAUUCGCUUCUCAAGUAGCCUCGUUCGAGUUUACAUAUCCAACGCCUGGCAAGAGUCACACUUUUGCCGAUGGCGAUAGGGCAAUAGUUCAAUGGACCUCGGCGGUGGAACUCCCAGAGGUCUUCCUCAAUUGUAGCACGACGCCCAGUGGCGCUACGCCUGUACUUGCUUCCGCGGUCGCAUUUACAAAUGCCCUGCCUGGGAAAUUGUAUAGGGCCCAUUGGAGUUCUCAAGAUGGAAACAACACAUUUUGCAAGUUCUGCGCCGGGGAUGGCGGUAAGACUUGUAGUGGUACAUUCCAUCUUAUAGACCGUCAGAAAGGAUCCCUUUCAACGCUCUGGUACGAGAAGGGCAACAGGCAGGCCGCACAAUCUGAUUGUACGGCCGACUCCCCUACUACAAUCACGAAAUAUGUGACUGCAUCAAGUACAGAUGCAUGUGGAUGUCACGGUGGCAACUCUUCCAACCAAACUGUUACCUGGACCGCACCUCACUCGUCUAUUGCUCAGGGCACUGGCACUGGAUCGGGUUCUCUCCCAACAAUCACCGCUAACUUUGUUGGUUGGAACUCAACAACGCCUAGCCUUCCUUUGCCCUCCGAUACUACGAUCACGACCAUCUCUGUUGUAACACCUCCUCCAGUGCCGUCUCCAUCACCACCAAAGGCUUCUACCACCGGUGCAUCACCAGCGGCAUGGUCAUCACAUGUCAAUUUAGCUCUACUUGGGAUGCUACUUGUGGGCAGUGUCUUCUUUGCUGUAUUAUAA